GACUAACAGAUGCACUCGCCUUCUUGUUUGUGGUUUGGUAAACCUCUUCCGCCGUUUCCGUUUGGUCUGGCGAAGGGACUCCGCACCGAUCGAUCGAUCGAUCGAGCUAGCAGUCUCCCCCUCUCCUAAAUCUUUCUCGUAUCGCACCUAGUCGUCCUCGUCGGCGAUUUCUUGUCGAUCUCGAACUCCAUGGAUUUGGUUGAAGCAUGGCGAUUGGUCGACUGGGGGCAAGAGGGGUACCCGACGUACGAGGACUUCGUGGCGCUGCCCUUCUUCGCGCUGUUCUUCCCCACGGUCAGAUUCUUCCUCGAUAGGUUCGUGUUUGAGAAAUUAGCAAAGCGACUUAUACCACAAAAAUCAAGUGAAAAGCUCAGCACCGGAAUAGAUAGCAGGAGAAAAAAGAUCAAUAAAUUUAAGGAGUCAGCUUGGAAGUUUGUUUAUUUUCUUUCAGGCGAACUUCUGGCUCUAUCUGUUACAUAUAACGAGCCCUGGCUCACCAAUACUAGAUACUUCUGGGUAGGGCCAGGGAAUCAGGUCUGGCCAGAUCAGAAGAUUAAAUUAAAACUUAAAUUUGUCUAUAUGUAUGUUGCUGGCUUCUACACAUAUUCAAUUUUUGCACUUUUGUUCUGGGAAACAAGAAGAUCAGAUUUUGGAGUAUCAAUGUCUCAUCACAUGGCAACUGUUGUUCUCAUUGUGCUGUCUUACAUAUUCAGGUUUGCUCGUGUUGGUUCAGUUGUUUUAGCCAUUCAUGAUGCAAGUGACGUAUUCUUGGAAAUGGGGAAAAUGUCUAAGUAUGGCGGUUGUGAGCUGCUUGCUAAUGCAACAUUUCUUUUAUUUGUUGCUUCAUGGAUAAUUCUUCGUCUUAUAUAUUAUCCCUUGUGGAUCCUUCGAAGUACAAGAUUCUGAAGAUGAAGAGAAACAUGAAGAUUGAUUCGGGGUGUUCAAUAAUACAUGUUGUUGCGUAGCCCAAAAAGUAAAUAUUUCAUGUUCAUGAUGUCUAUGUGCUGAUUUGCUUAUGUUGCUUUUCUUACUAGAUGAAACAGCGCAGAUAGUAAACAAGAAAACAUUGACUUGUUUUAUAUUUCCAGGUUAACUUCAGACUAAGCUUCAGUUUUCAGAACCAGUAAUCUUCUUGUGUAUUUAUCUUAUUUGUAACUUCUCAUUGGAGACUACUCAAUAAUGGAACAGCUCUCCUAUAUUUAUUCAAGAAACAAAUAGGAAGCAGGAUCAGACACUGCUGAUAUGCUAGAUGUUAGAUUCACUGAAAAAGGUAGUUCAUUUGAUGCUCCCAAGUGUGCCCUUUGUGUAUGGUAAUAUGAAUUAUAAAUUGUGACCAGCUGAAAAUAUUUGUGCUUC